UAGAAAGGUCUUGGAUGACUGGUGAGAGAAGACAGGUUCUAGUGAACAAAGAACUGGCACGACCAAGUGGAAUUGCCAUCGAUUACUUCAUGAACAAUCGUGUGUUCUGGUCUGAUUCCAAAUUCAACAGAAUCCUGUCAAUGAAACCGGAUGGCACCGACCAAGUGGUUGUUAUUGGAAAUGCAAUUAACCCAGUGAGUAUUGACCUGUAUGAAAGUGAAAUAUACUGGGUGUCCCAAAAUGAAGGCAAACUGAUGCAAAUGGAUAAAUUUGGACGAGGUAUAAAUGUUACUCUGAGAGACCAACUCUUUUCUCCAAGCAGUGUUAAUUGCAUUCCCACCAUACAAGUAUCCAAAAGUCACAAGCGAAUGUGCUUCAGAAAAGACAUGCAGCCACCUCUGCCUCCUGAUUCCAAAGGGUUAUCGGUGCGCAUGUCCUGAUGGCUCCAAGUUUAUUGAAGGGUCCACUACAAUGUGUGAUGCAGCAUUUGAAGUGCCCCGGAAAUUGCCCAUGUGUAUUUGUUACCAUGGUGGUUCUUGUAUUCGAGGAAGCAAUGGAACUUACAUCUGCCACUGCAAGGAAGGCUAUUAUGGUGUGGAUUGUUCGCUUAUGACUUCCAGGGGCCUCUUGAGUGCCCUCAGGUCUACCAAGGUCACAGCAAUUACAGUUCCUAUUGUUCUACUGCUGAUCAUGGGAGCUUGACUCUAGCUGGUUAUUACCUCAUUAAAAAACGCAGG